CAUGGUAAUUGGUUCCAAUGGCUGGAAACAGAGGAAGAGGGCGUGCUGCCUAUACCUUUAAUAUCGAGGCAGUUGGAUUUAGCAGAGGUGAAAAGUUACCUGAUGUUGUAUUAAAACCACCACCACUAUUUCCUGAUACAGAUUAUAAACCAGUGCCACUGAAAACAGGAGAAGGUGAAGAUUAUAUGCUGGCCUUGAAACAGGAGUUGAGAGAAACAAUGAGAAGAAUGCCUUAUUUUUUAGAAACACCUGAAGAAAAACAAGAUAUUGAAAGGUACAGUAAAAGAUACAUGAAAGUAUACAAAGAAGAAUGGAUACCAGAUUGGAGAAGACUCCCAAGAGAAAUGAUGCCAAGAAAAAAACUCAAAAAAGCAGGUCCCAGACCCCAAAAGGCAAAAAAUACAGGCAAGGGCACUUCACUCACUAAUACUGCAGAUGUACUGAAAAAAAUUGAGGAGUUGGAAAAGAGAGGUGAUGGUGAAAAAUCUGAUGAGGAAAGUGAAGAAAAGGAAGGGAGCAAAGAGAAAACUAAAGAAGGUGAGGAGGAGGAGGAAGAAGAUGACACAGCAGAACAAGAGGAAUAUGAUGAAGAAGAACAAGAAGAGGAAAAUGACUAUAUUAAUUCAUACUUUGAUAAUGGAGAUGAUUUUGGCGUGGACAGUGAUGACAACAUGGAUGAAGCAACCUAUUAACUAUGAAAAUGCACAAAAAUUAUUUUUGUGGUACAGCUUCUAAACUUUUCCAUACUUGUUUAUUUUUGACAAUAAAUGAAAGGGUUUUUUUUGUUGUUGUUGUUAUUGUUCUACAACUUUGUAAUAUAACAUUUGGAAUCACUUUGAAUUACAUUCUAGGCAUUCCUUCCCAACAUUUCAUGUAUAUCUGUCAUCCCUUGUCUGUAUUCGAGUAUUAUUUUACAUUGUUUGGUUUAGA